AUGGGCCCGAACCUGUCCAACGGCCAGAUCAGGUAUUUGGCUUUUCCGAUAAUUAAUCCGGUACUAAUUGGCCCGUACGUGUUGGAAUCUAUCGAGUGGAUGUUAUCUCCCUCCACCCAAACGUGGUUGACCGGCACGAGCACUUUGGACCGCGUUUCCGGGUACCGCGGCACCACCAGGUCGCCUUGUUUGGCCUUGAUGCGCUUUGUGUACACUUUCUCCGGGUCGAUUGGCGAGCGCAGGAACACCACGUCGUCCACUUGUAAAUUAUGGAUAUUGGUAACCCCCCACUUCCAUAAUAGCACAUGGUUCCUAGUGUGGGGGGAUUCUGGCGGAUUGAAAGUCGGUUUCAUCGACAUACCCUCGAUCUUUCCCACCGACGCCACGCGCUCCGAUACCACCCACGCCACGGGCACCCACGACAGAAACACCAGGCACACGCGAAGCGAGUACUUGGCCAGCGGCAUGUGUUGUUUGAACGACGACAUUAGUGCACGGAUCCACAGUUGGCCACACUCCCGACACCAAACUAUAUUUUUUUUUUUUCAAGCCAGCUCUGAAAAAUCUUAUCUCAUUACUAAUAUGCCUUCCGUUGCAAACGACGAGUUUGAGUCUGUUUCCGGCGCGCUGAAGCCGUUGCAUGGAAUUUCGAACCUGAACGUGGAUCUUGCCUCCCAGAAAGUCACCGUUAAGGGCUCUGCUCCGCCGUCCAAGGUGAUUGAGGCGAUCCAGGGCAUCGGCAAGGACGCGAUUAUCCGGGGCACGGGCCAACCAAACUCCGCCGCGGUGUCUAUUUUGGAGUCCUUUGAUGAGGCCGAUAAACAGAUGCCGGUCAAGGGCCUUGCCCGCAUGGUGGCCGUGGGCCCGAACGAGAUGUACGUGGACCUGACUUUGAGCGGGGUGAAGAAGGGCACGUACUACCCAAGCAUCCGUGAGAACGGGAACAUCUGGAAGGGAGCGCUGACGACGGGCAAGUCGAUCUUCGACUUGCCGCCAAUUGAGGCCACCGAGGCCGACGGCAACGGGUACAAGUGCCAGGAGUUCGUCAAGGUGCCAUUGGGGAUCACCGGGCUGAUCGGCCGGUCGCUGGUGGUGUCGCACGAACCGAAAAACGUGUUUCUGGAAAGUCUGUGCGGGGUGAUUGCCCGGAGCGCAGGCGCGUGGGAAAACGACAAGUACGUGUGCUCUUGCACGGGCAAGACCAUUUGGCAAGAGAGGGUGGACGCCUUGGGUCGCGGAAUCUCCAACUAA